UGGUCUUAUCAUUGUUUUCAAAGCGGUUGUGUGCUUUGCCACGGCUGCUGUGGUUGCUGCUGCUGUUUUUUCGCAAUGUAUUGACGCCGUGCUGAUGAUGCAGCUAUGUAGCAGAAAGAGGCAAACAGCUCGGCAGUUUUUCCUAGUGCACGUCGCUACGCAAAAAUGCCUUACACUACUUUGGACGAUCAGAACAAUCUCGGCUUGAUGAUCGAUGAGGAGCUCGCUCUGGAAUUGGCCGAGUCACAGGCCGAUAAGGGUGAUGAUGUGCUCGCCAAUCGCUUGGAGGAUAUCAGUGAACAUCUAAAGCAAAUAAAUCAUCUCAAUCAAUAUAUGCAACUGACUGAAGAAUUGAAUGAACACAAGAAGAAUGAGGCAGGUCCUUCAACUUCCCGAGGUUGUCCUGUGGCGCAUAUGCAGCGUCCCAUUCGCUUGAAGAAUAUCGAGGGCAAACCAGAAGUGUACGACAAGUUGCAUCUGAAGGGACAAGAGAACUUGUCAUGUUCCCAAUCGAAGUGUAUGGGCAGUGUCAUGGGCUUUUCCACAGCCUCGUUGCAGCCACGCCAGCAAGAAGAAGUACUCGGACAAGCGAAGGACUUCUUGGAACAAUAUUUUGCUUCAAUGAAAAAAGCUUCGAGUCCCCGCCACGAGGCCCGCUGGAAGGAGGUACAGCAGAGCAUUGAAGCCACUGGCGAAUAUCAAUUAACGGAAGCUGAGUUAACCUUUGGUGCCAAGGCAGCCUGGCGUAAUGCUUCCCGUUGUAUCGGACGCAUACAGUGGUCCAAAUUGAAGGUGUUCGAUUGCCGUCAUGUGACCACAACAAGGGGCAUGUUCGAGGUCUUGUGUAAUCACAUCAAAUACGGCACAAACAAGGGUAAUAUUCGUUCGGCUAUUACAAUUUUCCCUCAACGCACCGAUGGUCUUCAUGAUUAUCGCAUCUGGAACAGCCAAUUGAUUUCAUACGCUGGUUAUAAGCAGAGUGAUGGCACAAUUGUUGGCGAUCCAAUAAAUGUUGAAUUUACAGAGGUUUGCCUGAAAUUGGGUUGGAAGAGCAAAGGCACAGAAUGGGACAUUCUUCCACUGAUAGUCUCGGCCAACGGUGAAGAUCCUGAAUUAUUCGAAUACCCACCCGAUUUGGUAUUGGAGGUGCCCUUUUCACAUCCAAAGUGAGUAAAGUUUUUA